GCGGGGCAGGGGCGGCGCUGGGGGGACGCGGCCGGAGCGGCGCCCGCCGCGGCUCAGCGCAUCCCCGCUCCCCGCUCCCCGCUCCCCUCCCGCCGCGUCCCCGCGCGAAGAUGGCUACGGACGGGCUGCACGAGAACGAGACGCUGGCGUCGCUGAAGAUCGAGGCCGAGAGCCUCAAGGGCAAGCUGGAGGAGGAGCGGGCCAAGCUGCACGACGUGGAGCUGCACCAGGUGGCAGAGCGGGUAGAGGCCCUGGGGCAGUUUGUCAUGAAGACCAGAAGGACCCUCAAAGGCCACGGGAACAAAGUCCUGUGCAUGGACUGGUGCAAAGACAAGAGGAGGAUCGUGAGCUCAUCCCAGGAUGGGAAGGUGAUUGUGUGGGACUCCUUCACUACCAACAAGGAGCACGCGGUCACUAUGCCCUGCACGUGGGUGAUGGCGUGUGCGUACGCACCGUCAGGAUGUGCCAUCGCUUGUGGUGGUUUAGAUAAUAAGUGUUCUGUGUAUCCACUGACAUUUGACAAGAAUGAAAACAUGGCUGCCAAGAAGAAGUCUGUUGCCAUGCACACCAACUACCUGUCGGCCUGCAGCUUCACCAACUCCGACAUGCAGAUCCUGACAGCAAGUGGGGACGGCACGUGCGCCCUGUGGGAUGUGGAAAGCGGACAGCUGCUGCAGAGCUUCCACGGCCAUGGGGCUGACGUCCUGUGCUUGGACCUGGCCCCCUCAGAAACCGGAAACACCUUCGUGUCUGGGGGAUGUGACAAGAAAGCCAUGGUUUGGGACAUGCGCUCCGGCCAGUGUGUGCAGGCCUUUGAAACACACGAAUCUGACAUCAACAGUGUCAGAUACUACCCGAGUGGAGAUGCCUUUGCUUCAGGAUCAGAUGAUGCUACGUGUCGUCUCUAUGACCUCCGGGCGGACAGGGAGGUUGCCAUCUAUUCCAAAGAGAGUAUCAUAUUUGGAGCAUCCAGCGUGGACUUCUCCCUCAGUGGUCGCCUGCUAUUUGCUGGAUACAAUGAUUAUACCAUCAAUGUCUGGGACGUUCUCAAGGGGUCUCGAGUCUCCAUCCUGUUUGGACAUGAAAACCGCGUUAGUACUCUACGAGUGUCCCCCGAUGGCACUGCUUUCUGCUCAGGAUCCUGGGAUCAUACCCUGAGAGUCUGGGCUUAAUCAUCUUCUCCCAAUGUAUGCGUACAUACCAGAGGAUAGAAUCUGAAAUAUUCACAUGUAAAUAGAUAAUACCUCUAGAGGAGUUUAAGGCUUACUACAAUUUAGCUUAAGGGAGCAACCCCACGGCCCAGAGUUCACAAAACAUCUCCACUAUUACUAUCAAAACUGCCACCCCUAGAAAUCUCCCAGUGGGAGCCUUCAACACUACAAGAAUACCUUCCAGUACAGUAUUUUUUAUUUCAAGCACUCUUAAAAAUGUAUCAUUUUUCAUGUUGUUUUAAAUUAUUCUAGUCGCAACUCUUUCUGUUACCAAUAGAAGUAAGCCUUUAAUAUAUUCCAUAUGAUUUCUUUGAAUGAGAUUCCUUUUCAGAGCACUUUAAAAUCUGAUUUUUCUUGAUGUGCACUGUGAAGUUUGGAGCCUUUCUCUGGAACUGUUGGUUUAAUGGACUGUAUAAAGACUGUUAAUUGUCUAUGAUAAAAGAAAAUUCCAAUUCUGAAUGUCAUUAGACAAAAUUACUUUUGUAAAAUGUGUUUUUGUUGUAAAUCUUUUUCAGC